AUGAUCGCUGACGUUCAAAAAGUGAAAGUGAAAGUUCAUUGUGUUUUCUUUCCGUAAUUUUAAACAGGUGGGGUCGAUUCUUUAACAUACUGUUCACAGUUUUAAUGUCUUUAACAGAAACGUUUAUGAAAGCAAAUUCGUGUAUUUACAUGUAUUUAGUUAAUGUAAAAGCUGGAGGAUUUUGAGAACGUGAAUCUAGUUAGGCUAGAUUGUGAUGACGGUGAAUGUCCAGGUGAACGAGGCGCUUUUUACUUGUUAAUAGUUUAUCCAAAGAACAGAACAAUUCCUCCGUAUUUUUUUUUUUUUUUUGAAAAACAAAUGUUGUCUUGGUUGUUUCGUGUUUGUAGUUGAAAACGGCAUUUGUGUUAAUUGCGUUAUGAAUGUUGUGUGAUUGUUGACGCAGUUGUUUCAUGAGUGUCUGAAUGUCAUUUUCAUUCAGUGUCAGUUGUUAAAUCAGAUUGAUCAGAUUCCUUUGCAGCUCCAUAAUGGAAGAAACAAAGACAUACGAUUUCUCCCCAGGAUGCAGUUCAGUUAAGAGGAAGACACCAGAUUCAGAAUGCAGCCGUGUGUCUAUGAAAAGUAACCAGUCAAUGGGCCUGCCAACAACAUUUAAGAGUGAAGAUACACAGCCUGAUCUCAGUUUAGUUGACCAAAGGAGAUCAGAUCCAGAGUCCAGCUGUUUGUCUAUGAAGAGAGACCAGUCAAUGGGCCUGCCAACAACAUUUAAGAGCGAAGAUACAUGGCAGGCUCUUCUCAGGUCGGACGUAAGUCCCAGAAGAGACAUAAAAGAACCUGUCUGUAAGAGGCUUAUGCAGUCUAUGAAUCAAGACUUCAAUGAAGACACGGAUUCUGCUAUUAGCUACACAGUUAUCAAUGCAUUUAGAUCAAAUCUGCAGAUGAAGUGCCAGUGUUUGUAUGAGAGAGUAUCGAGGCAGGAAAACCCAAUACUGCUGAAUGAGAUCUACACAGAGCUCUACAUCACAGAGAGUGAAAGUGGAGAGAUCAGUAAUGAACACGAGGUGAGACAGAUUGAGACACAAUCCAGGAGAACCAAAACAAGGGACACACCAAUCAAAUGCAGUGACAUCUUUAAACCUUUACCCGCACAAGACAAACCCAUCAGAUGUGUGCUGACUAAAGGAGUCGCUGGCAUUGGAAAAACAGUCUCUGUGCAGAAGUUCAUUCUGGACUGGGCUGAAGGGAAAGCGAAUCAGGAUGUCCACCUCAUAUUUCCACUUCCUUUCAGAGAACUGAAUCUGAUGAAGGACAAUAUACUCAGUCUUUCAGAUCUUCUGCAUGUUUUCUUUUCAGAAACAAAAGAAAUCGAAAUAUUUAGUGAUGAAUAUAAAGUGUUGUUCAUCUUUGAUGGUCUGGAUGAGUGUCAACUACAUCUAAACUUCCACAACAAUCAGAUUUUGUCUGAUGUAAAUGAAUCGGCUUCAGUGGACGUGAUGCUGACAAACCUCAUGGCGGGGAAUCUGCUUCCCUCUGCUCUCAUCUGGAUCACCUCCAGACCAGCAGCAGCCGAUCUCAUCCCGUCUGAGUGUGUUGAUCGAGUCACAGAGGUACGAGGCUUCACUGACAAACAGAAGGAGGAAUACUUCAGCAAGAGAAUCAGUGAUGAGAGUCUGGCCAACAGAAUCAUCUCACACCUCAAGUCAUCCAGGAGCCUCUACAUCAUGUGUCACAUCCCAGUGUUCUGCUGGAUUUCAGCCACUGUUCUAGAGAGAAUGUCGAGUGAACCAGAGAGUGAAAAGAUCCCUGAGACUCUCACUGAAAUGUACACACACUUCCUGAUCAUUCAGACCAACAUCAAACAUCAGAAGGACUAUGAGAAGAAUGAUGAAGACAUGAUCUUCAAACUGGGCAAACUGGCUUUUGAGCAGCUUGUGAAAGGCAAUGUGAUCUUCUAUGAUGAAGACCUGAGAGAGUGUGGCAUUGAUGUAGCAGAAGCAUCAGUGUACUCAGGAUUGUGCACUCAGAUCUUCAGAGAGGAGUUUGGCUUGUAUCAGGGGAAAGUUUACUCCUUUGUUCAUCUCAGCAUUCAGGAACAUCUAGCUGCUCUAUAUGCUCACAUGUCCUUCACAAACAACAACACAAAUGUGUUUGAUCCAACUACCUUAAGAAAUGAAGGAGAGCUGUCAAAUUCUGGCCUUUAUCAGAGCAUUGGAGAUACGUUUUCAAUAUCUGAUCUGCAUCAAAGAGCUGUAAAUAAAACUCUACAGAGUAAAAAUGGACGUUUUGACCUUUUUCUUUGUUUUCUUCUGGGCUUGUCACUAGAGUCUAAUCAGAAACUUCUACAAGGUUUGAUGACACGGGGAGCAAGAAUCUACAAAAGCAAUGAGAAAACAGUCGGAUACAUCAAACAAAAGAUCAGUGAGAAUCCCUCACCAGAGAAAUUCAUCAAUCUGUUUCACUGUCUGAAUGAACUGGAUGAUCAUUCCCUAGUGGAGGAAAUCCAACAUGAUCUGAGAUCAAGAAAAUUAAAUGAAGUCAAACUCUCAUCAUCUCAGUGGUCAGCUGUACUUUUCGUGUUGUUGACAUCAGAGCAGACGCUGAAUGAAUUUUAUUUGAAUGAAUUUGUUAGUGGAGAAAAUGUAGCGGAAACGCUGUUCGUGCUUCAGAAGCUGCUGCCUGUGAUUUGUGAAUCCACAUCAGUUCAGCUUUGUUCUUGUAAUAUCACAGAUGAAGGUUGUGCUGCUCUGACUUCAGCUCUGAGAUCAAACCCGUCACACCUGAGAGAGCUGAAUCUGUCCAAGAAUAAUGUAGGAGAUUCGGGAGUGAAGCUGAUAUCUACUGUACUGGCGAAUCCUCACUGUAAACUGGAGAAACUGAUGUUGUAUGAUUGUGAUAUCACAGCUGAAGGUUGUGUUGCUCUGACUUCAGCUCUGAGAUCAAAUCCCUUAAACCUUAAGGAACUGUAUCUGUCGUGGAAUAAUCUAGGAGAUUCAGGAGUGAAGCUGAUCUCUGCUGAACUAGAGAAUCCUCACUGUAAAAUUGAGAUCCUGAGGUUGAGUUAUUGUCAUAUCACAGCUGUAGGUUGUGCUGAUCUGACUUCAGCACUGAGAUUAAACCCCUCACACCUAAGAGAAAUGAAUCUGACUGGAAAUACUGUUGGAGAUUCAGGAGUGAAGCUGAUCUCUACUCUACUGGCAAAUCCUCACUGUAAACUGGAGAUGCUGUGGUUGAGUUAUUGUAACAUCACAGAUGAAGGUUGUGCUGAUCUGACUUCAGCUCUGAGAUUAAACUCCUCACACCUGAGAGAAAUGAAUCUGACUGGAAAUAAUGUAGGAGAUUCUGGAGUGAAGCUGAUCUCUGUUGUACUGGAGAAUCCUCACUGUAAACUCAAGAUACUGAAGUUGGCUCAUUGUAAUAUCACAGAUGAAGGUUGUGUUGCUCUGACUUCAGCUCUGAGAUCAAACCCCUCACACCUGGAAGAAAUAGAUCUGUCUGGAAACAAAAUAGGAGGUUCGGGAGUAAAGUUGCUCUCUAAUCUAAAGGAUGAUCCACAUUUUAAACUGAAGACCCUACAGUACGCAAUAAUAAGAAAAUAAUUUAGAUUUCAUCCAGCAUUCAGUCUCUGUAGGUUUAUCUAAAAGUUAUGUCAUAGCUUAUAUGUGUGUGGUAUACAUUAUGAACGCUCUUACAGUUUCUUCCACUCUAAAGGUUCGUUCACAUCGCCAGCGACUCUACCGCUGCGUGCCAGUCUCUUGCUAUGAGGUCGUUCCUAGAAGGCGCUCCUAGCUUUGGUUUGCUCUAGAAACAAUGCAAUAACAGACGAGAGAUGGAGCACUGCUGAUCGUCACAUAUUGACGUUUGGUCAGCACACCCUUUGGCAUAGCUUUUCGACAAGUGGGGUAUUCCGUUGCUUUAGGUUGUUCAAUAGACUUCCAGUCUCUUCAUUCCAUUAAAAAUAUAAUUUGUUUCAUACAUAUUUAUAUUUUCAAAGAUAUUUGGAGCACCUAACCCCACCCCCGCCCUAAACCUAACCAAUUUUCAACCAUAUAAAACACACAAAUAAAAGUACAGUAAGAGGUAUUUAUUGCACAAACAGACAAAAAACUGUUUUGAACCAAAGCUGUACGAUAACUUUAUAUGGAGAACUUCGUAUGCGUGAAUGUACGCAGUCAGCUCUCAUUCAAACAGACCAGAACAUAAGCAUGAUCUCAGUUGGUCACAAGAGCCAAUACCGUUUCAUGUUAAAGCAUACGUAAUGACGCAAUCGGUCAUGAGACACACGAGAGCCGAAGCUUUCUUCUUGGUGCCAGAUUUUGAACGACUCUGUUCACUGGACCUGAGAUGUACGGCACUACGGUACACUGCUUGUAUCUUGGGUUCUAUAUUAUACAAAAGGUCGAAAAACGACCCCGAAAGGGUACCCUGCACCUUGAAAAGCGAUGCCGAGGGAGACUGCCCGAUCGUCAAUAUGUGACAAGUCGGGAGUGAGAAUGUGUUGGUGUAACUGGGGCGUAAGGCCACAUCCACACAAAGCCAGAGUUUUCCCUAUCUGAUCUUUUUAAUUCAGUAAACACGGCGUCGUCUCAAGAAAUAUCUGCGUAUACAUGAAACCGACUCAAAACAACGUAGUAUACAUGCCAAAUAUGAAGAAAUGCCUUUUCUAUCUGUAAGUCAUUUAAUCUGUGUUAACACCAUCCAACACAUUGCUGUGUUGAAAUGAAGUAAAAGAUAGCUGCACCUAAAUGUAAAUAAAUGAUGCAGCUUUUAAACAGUCUGUAUUUUAACAGCUUUCAGGUGUCAGUCUGAUCUUCUUCUAAAAGAGAUAAGAAGAUAUGAAGAAAUUAAGAUAGUGAAGGGGUGUUCAAUUCAGUCGUUCCAUUAAAGUCCAAAGUGAACUGCCAAGAGGACUACCAUCGCAACGUGAAGUGAAUCUCAAAGGAGUUGUAAUUUAAAAUUUUGUCCACACUGGAUGCCGAGUGUAGACACUGUGUUAGCCAUGAUACUGCUUAUUUAGACUCAUUGUACCUCCAGAAGCUAUUUAAAUUAUAGUUUCUGAACAAAAACUUUGGACUGAAUGAAAGAAAAAUUUGAGUUUUAAAGCCUUUAUUGAUUUCUAGUAAUACUUUUGUGCACGUUUCAUGUUAAUACAAAUAUUAACAGUAAUAGAAAUAUUCAGAAAUUUACAUUUUAUUUAUUCUAUUUAUUAAUGUGUCCUGAGUUCUAACAUACAUGGCUUCUUACUUAAUGAGAGCACAAUUUACAAUGCUACUUGAAGUGCAUGCUUUAAAAAUAAAAAUGAUCGUAUGAUAACUGCCCUGUAUUUGUUUGGUAUCAGAUCUAAGCAAAAUUUUGCAGCAUCGCAUGCCCCUAUUCUGAAACGGGUUUAUAGGACCCCCCACUGUGUGUGUUCUUGAGGGGUCUGCAGGGGGUUUGGUGAGAUUGUUUUUUUUAAAGUGACAGUGCUAAAUUAAACUAGAAUUUCAUAGUAAGUUGUGAACAUGCGUAUAAUAUUUGUUUACUGUGGUUUUUUUAUUGACAGUGAUAAAUUAAAUAGAACUUAAUAGUGAAUUGUGAUCAUGCAUAUAAUAUUUGUGUUUACUGUAAUAUUUUUCUGCAAAACAUUGUAUGGUAAUAUAAGAUGUUUACUAAAUAAAUUUGGAGUUUAAUUCAUUA